UCUCGACAUCGGAAGAAGCUCACCAAACGACCCACUCAACAACCGAGACUCCCACCCAGCACAACAAUGCUUCGGCCAACCUGCAGCCUCGCAACAGCUGCAACAGCAGCAGCAAAACGAACCCUCUUCCCCAACCACCGAGGAUUCCGGUCAACGGCGGCAUGCCAUGCAGAGGCAGCCCCUGGGACACCUGCUGAAGCGGACACCCCACCAACACCGAAGCAGAUUGCAAAGAAGAGGGCAGAUGCGUGGUUGAAGGAGGAGGGGAAGGAGUACAGGGACGCAGCGGCGGCCCACUUUGUUAGUAGGAACAAGAAGACGGUACGUUCGGGAGAGCGAUGGGGAGGUGAACGCCUUGCGAGAGAAGGGAGCGGCGCCGCAGGCGCGAUGUCUGUGAGCGGCAGCGAGCGGUCGUUCUUUUCAAGCGGGGGGCCGCACCUGGCGCCUUUAUGUGAGCGGCAGCGUGACGUGGGUCCGCCCGUGGCCCAUUUCGGUCAGCGCCAGCCAACGGUCGUUCUUGUUGUUUUUUCCUGAUGGCCCGGGCUUGAUGGUUGAUGGAUGAAGGUUGGAUGGGUUGAUGGGUUGUUG